AUGAUUUGUGUUUGGUGGGACUUCGAAGGAAUCUUGUAUUCUGAACUUGUGCCGAAUGGUUGCAUCAUCAACGCUGAACUUUACUGCGAGCAAUGUGAUCGAGUCUACGAUGCGCUGGUUGAGAAGUAUCCAAGUCUUGUUCGUCAAAAAUGCGCUUUGUUUCAACAAGACAAUGCAAAGCCACAUACCGCCAAAAAGACCAGCAACAAGUUUGAAGAAUCGGACGGUCUCAAAGUUCUGCCGCAUCCAGCCCAUAGUCCAGACGUUGCUCCACCUGACUACGGUCUCCUCCGAUCAACUCAGCAUUUUAUGAAAGGUCGCCGAUUUGAGUCAUUCGAUGAAGUUGAAGAAACAUGUCAAGAAUUUUUCGAUUCAAAGCCCAAGGAAAUGUCGUGGACCAUGAUGGUCCUUAUUCUGAAGAAUAAUUGUUGUUAUUUUUGUGUAAAUUCAUCUAUAAAAGAUCAUUUUAAUACGGCGCACGAAAUUUUUACACACCAUUUAUGUGCUAAUACUUGUACAUCAAGUACAUCAGUACGUAUUGCUAAUUCAUGUUGUUCAUCAUCAUCUGUAUAUUUACUAUUAUCAUUUGACAAAUUGGCGUAUAAAAGUGGAAAAGUAUUAAUUAGUGGUGGAUAUAAUAAUAUCAAUGGUGGAGAUCCAUAUGGUGCAGAAAUGUAUGAUCCAUUGACAGAAACUCGGCGAAAGAUGGAUGAUAUGAGUUAUGCACGACAUCAUCGUGCAGCAUCCCUUUUUAAUAAUGGAAAAGUACUCACACCUGGUGAAAUCAAAGUUUUAUAUUUUAUUGCAUUAUAUCUGGGUGCUGUGCUCAUGACCAUUAUUGGAUGUUGGGCUUAA